AUGCUUAUUCACGAAGCUCUCAUCCAGGCCAGGGGCCUUCUGCGCGACAGCGACAGCAGCUCGAACAGCACCAAGGAUGUCUGCCCAGAAAUCUCCCUCGUCGAAGAUGCAUCCCAACCCCUCUUCGGCACCAUGUCCUUCUACACAUUCAACAUGAUCCUCUCCGGUAGCUUCGCCGCCGCAUCGUGCCUCAUCAUCUUCACCCUCAUGAUCCUCCACGCAACGCACCUAAGCAAGAGCAACGAGCAAAUCAAGUCCGUUAACUCCCUCGUGGUCAUUCACAACCUCGCAACGACAGAAAUGGCAAAGCUAACAGUAGAAAAUAGAAUCCUCAGAAUCUCCCUCAUCAUCCCUUUCUGGUCCAUCAUCUCCUUCCUCUCCAUCUGCUUCCCCACGGCCGAAGUCUACCUCCACCCCUGGCUCGAGUUCGUCCAGUCCAUCUGCCUGGCCACGUUCUUCCUCCUCCUAUGCGAGUUCGUCUCGCCUAGCGAGCAGCAUCGGGAUGUCUUCUUCGCCGGCAUGACUGUGAAGAACAAGAAGGCUGCGAAUGGAGAGGAAAAUGGUCUCCAGUGGUACAGAAAAAUGUGGUUCGCCGUCUUCCAGUAUCCAGUCGUCGCUCUCCUCGUCGCCAUCUUAACUGCCAUCACCCAAGCAGCGGGUGUCUACUGUGAAUUCGAAAGCAAGGUUCAUUUUGCUAGAUUAUGGCUACAAAUCAUCGGCACCGCCUCCCUCACAAUCGCCCUCAUGACCGUCAUCCGCUUCUUCAUGCAACUCCGAUCCAAACUCUCCCACCACCAGCCCCUCGCCAAGUUCUUCGCCUUCAAGCUCGUCGUCACCCUCACCUUUCUCGAAAACAUCAUCUUCUGGAUCCUCAAGGACACGGGCGCCCUCAACCCGACAUCGACCCUCACCGACGCCGACCUCCGCAUCGGUAUCCCUUCCAUGCUCGUCUGCAUCGAGAUGCUGCCUCUCGCGGCGUUCUUCCACUACGCGUACUCCCACCGGCCUUACGUGAUCGGCGGCGGGAACACGCGCCGGCCGUUGGCGGGCGAUUUGGAGGCGUAUGAGCCGCAGACGUAUUCUGGUGGGCCCGGGGGUGUGUGGGCGCUGGUGGAGAUGUGGAAUCCGAUGGAGAUUGUGGAGGCGAUUGUGUUUGGGUUGAAGAUGAAGGCUGAGGAGAGGAAGCAGUCCAGGGCCAAGGGUCGUGGGUGGCAGUCGACUAAGUAUCAAUCGGUUGAGGAGCCGUAUGAGAUGGGUAGGAGAUGA